AAACGAUCCAAGAAACUCAAAGUAACCCAAUCAACAUGCGUCUCCUGCUCGUCCUCUCCGUUGUCCUGGCCGUGAUCCUCGGCUGCCACGCCUACAGCGCCACCUGGGGGCGCAGGGUGAACAACGACUUCCUCCUCUCCCGCACCAGGGAAGUGCGCAAUCCCAUCAAGAACAACUACUGGAACGUGAACGUGAACUACCCCGCCGGAUUCUACAACAUCUCCGCGGUGAUCGUGUACGACAACUUCAAGAACAACUCCGGCGCAUCUCCCAGCCUCUACUCCGGCGGUCCGGGCUACCGAUUCGCCACCGUGAAUCUCCGUGGCCAGGUCAACCGCGGCAUCGACUCCACUGUCGAGGUCUGGGGUCGUUAAGUGAUCCUGGGAGUCUCUUGUAACCGCAUGGAAGUCCCACUAAAACAUAGAAGCUAUAAGAAGAGCCCGUUACUUGGAAGAAUUCAAAUAAAAUAUGUAAAAAGUAUAAUUAAAGGGUGAAUUCAUAUGUAAA